AGAGAAGAAAAAGAAAGGAAAGGAGAGAUCAAGAGAAGCUGCAGCAAUGGAAGCCGCAAUCGCCAGCCGAGCUCUCUCAUCACUUCCUCUCUUCUUCUUCUUGGUGCUCUGCUUCUCCGCAGGCACGCUUACCUCCGCCCACUCCACCUCCUCCGCCCCGGCCGACUUCAUCCGCGCCUCGUGCGGCGCCACACGGUACCCGGCCCUCUGCGUCGAGUGCCUCGAGUCCUACGCGCCGGCGGUCCGACGGAGCCCCCGCCAGCUCGCCCUGGCCGCCCUUUCCGUCACCGCAGACCGGGCCCGGUCCGCCUCCACCUUCGUCUCCCGGCUCACCGCCGGCACCAAGCCCGCCAAGUCCAGGGAGGCCGGCGCGGUCCAGGACUGCCUCGAGACCAUGCGGGACGGCGUGGACCGCCUCCGCCAGUCGGUCCAGGAGAUGCACCGCAUGGGUCAGGCCCGGAGCAGCCGGUUCAGGUGGCACCUCGAUAACGUCCAGACCUGGGUCAGCGCCGCCCUCACGGACCAGACCACCUGCCUCGAUAGCCUCGCCGAGAACGCCAGCGGCCGGGUCCGGGCCGCCAUCCGGAAGAAGGUGGUCGAGGUCUCCCAGCUCACCAGCAACGCCCUCGCGCUCGUGAACCGCCUCGAUCCGAGAAACUGAACCGGUUCGGCACCUCUAUCUUCUCGCGGUCUCUACUCUAUAGUUUGUAUUUGCUACUCGUUGUUGGCGCCCUUGGUUUCCAUGUGUGUAAGAAUGGAAUGAAUGCUUUGUAUGUGCUGAAAUGUAAAAAGAAGAGAGAAAGAAAUGUGAUGUUGUACAGUAUGAUCAGAUUAUUAAUUAAAGUUUUGAUCUGAUGAUGUGUCCCAUCUCAGUGCUAA